AUGACUCAAUCAAAACCUCUAUAUUGGAGUCGACUAGGCAACUCAAAACCGAGGACAAAUGAACAACAAGAACUUUGCCAGGAGACCAUUAACCAACUAAUGGGAGACUGCACACAAGAACAAGCAAUAUCGUUUACAGAUGGAUCAUGCUUAGGUAACCCAGGACCCUGUGGAGCAGGUGCAAUUAUCUAUGCUGAACACAUUAAGCCUGCUGCCAGAUUACAUAGACCUGUGGCACAAAGAGGAUCCAUCCUUCUGGCGGAACUCAUAGCAAUUCUCAUGGUCCUAGAAUACUGCAUUACAGAAAACAUUUACAAUGCAAUACAAAGAAUCAAAAUUUUCUCUGACAGUCAAAGCGCCGUGGGAUUACUUACACUGAACUGGGCCCCAAACAGCUACAUCUCCGUAAUAAGAGAAAUAAAAGAAAAUAUUGAACAUCUUAGGCAAAAAGGACUCAAUGUAAUUGUAUCAUGGACACCAGGACAUGCCAACAUAGCUGGUAAUGAUGAGGCUGACAUCCUUGCAAAAACAGCGGCAGAAGAAGCAAAAGAAUUACCACCGGAAAAUAACGUCAUAACACUACAGGACGUCAAACAAGCAGCGUACAAAAGUACAGGAAAUAAAUGGCAGAGAAGAUGGGAAAUAUCUGAGAGAGGCAGGGACCUUUAUGAAAAAAUACCAACUACAAAACACUCAAUUAUGUUUGAUUUCCCAACUAAAAGACACUUCAGUAUAUUCGCCCAACUAAGAACUGGCUACACAACUACUACAAGAACCGAGUAG